AUGGCUUCCUCCAACAGUGUCCUGUGUGAAGAUCAGCUCCAGUGCUCCAUCUGUCUGAAUGUUUUCACUGAUCCAGUCUCUACUCCAUGUGGACACAACUUCUGUAUGAUCUGUCUCAAAGAGUUCUGGGACAGCAGUUCACACUGUCAGUGUCCAGUGUGUAAAACAUAUUUUGCUAAAAGACCAGAGUUCUGUGUCAAUACGUUUAUCUCUGGACCGGCUGCUCCACUUAAGAAAUCAGUUCAGGUGAAAUCCAGCAGUACUUCAGAAAAACCCACCCAAUGUUUGGUGCUCUGUGAGAUCUGCUGUGAAAAGAAAUGUGCAGCUGUGAAGUCCUGCCUGACCUGUAUGACCUCUUACUGCAAGACUCACCUGGAACCUCAUAAGAGAGUGUCUUCAUUAAAGAAGCACAAACUAAUGGAGCCGAUGGAGAGCCUGGAGAACUACAUCUGCCAGAAACAUGAGAGACCCCUGGAGCUGUUCUGUAGAGACGACCAGACGUGUGUGUGUCAGUUCUGUACUGAGGGAGAUCACAGAACUCACAACACUGUUCCUGUAGAGGAGGAGAGUGCAGAGAUAAAGACUGAGAUGGAAAAGACACAAGCAGAAGUUCAGCAGAUGAUCCAGGAGCGACUGAAUAAGAUUGAGGAAAUCAAACACUCUGUAGAACUCAAUAAUAAAACCACAGAAAAGGAGAAAGCAGAUGUUGUGGAGAUCUUCAGUGCUCUGAUGAGCUGCAUUGAGAAAAGCCAGGCUGAGCUGCUUAAGGUGAUGGAGGAGAAGCAGAAAGCAGCAGAGAGGCAGGCUGAAGAAUUCAUUAAAGAUCUGGAGCAGGAAAUCACUGAGCUAAAGAGGAGAAACACUGAGCUGGAGCAGCUCUCACACACUGAGGAUCACCUCCACCUCCUACAGAUUUACCCGUCACUGUGCAGCCCUCCACACACCCAGGACUGGACCGAUGUCACUAUUAACUCUCGUCUGAGUGUGGAGACUGUGAGGAGAGCUCUGUCUCAGAUUCAGGAGACUCUCAGUGAGGAAAUGGAGAAGCUUGAUGAGACUGAACUCAAGAGAAUUAAACAAUAUGCAGUGGAUGUGACUCUGGAUCCUGAUACAGCAAAUCCUUAUCUUAUUCUGUCUUAUGAUGGGAAACAAGUUACAUGUGGAGAGACAGAACAGAAUCUCCCAGAUAACCCAAAGAGGUUUAAUUAUUGUGCUGAUGUCCUGGGAAAGGAGGGAUUCUCCUCAGGGAGAUUUUACUAUGAGGUUCAGGUCAAAGGGAAGACUAAGUGGGAGUUAGGAGUGGCCAGAGAGUCCAUUAACAGGAAAGGGGUGAUUAAACUCAGUCCUGAAGAUGGAGUCUGGUGUGUGUGGCUGAGAAAUAAGACUGAAUAUGUGGCCCUGGACUCUCCUCGUGUCUCCCUCUCUUUAAAACAGGCUCCUCAGAAGGUGGGGGUGUUUGUGGAUUAUGAGGAGGGUCUGGUCUCCUUCUAUGAUGUUGAUGCAAAGUCUCAUAUCUACUCUUUCACUGGUCAGACUUUCACUGAGAAACUUUAUCCACACUUCAGCCCCUGUCUUAAUGAUGGAGGUAAAAAUUCCUCACCACUGAUUAUCUGUCCUGUUAGUCAAAUAUAAUAUUAAUUUAUGUUAAUGUAAUUAAUAUUAAGUUUGUUUAUUUGUAUUGCAUUUAGAAUUUUGUGAUCAUCUACAUUAUCUAGUCCUGUUCAUACUGUAGUGAAACAAUCACAGAAACAGCACAGAUAAACCUUAAUUGACUUUUAAACAAGUAAGUCAUAAUUAUAUACACAGCUGCACAGGACAGUUAGAUUAGAUUGAUGCACAACUUACAGCAUGUAUCAUCUGUGAGAGAAAUCUUAAUACUUACAUCUUAUUUAUUGAGAUUAUCAACAAGCAUGUGGACAUUAGUUUUGUUUUGUUUAAAUUUAGAUUUGUGUUGAGCUGGCUCUGAAGGCUUGUUUUCUAUGUCAAAUGUAGUUAAGUGUAUCUUUAGUUUACAUGUGUUUAUGUGAGUAAUGUGGAAUGUUAUUAUAGUCUUCUUGUUCCCAGUCACUCCUGGUUUGUUUCAACCUUAUGUCUAGUGUCUUUUUAAGUCGCGAGUUUCUUCCCUGUCUCUAGUGUCUCUCCCUGUGUCUUGUGUCUCUCCUUGUCUCUAGUGUCUCUCUUUGCCUUUCAUCUAAGCUCAAAGCCUGUGUAUGCUCUACGCGUGUGAGUGCGCGUCACUCGUACAGUAGGAGCGCGCGUGCGUCUCACUAUUGCUUUGAAUGGGAAUCUGUCGCUGACAGACAAUGAUCACUAGAUGGCGCUUCGAUGGAAAGUGUACACAGUGUACUAAGUUGUUCAUAAAAUAGACACAGUUUUAUUUUUUUCAUUUUGUAAUCUUUUUCGUGUUUACCUUGUACUGUACAAUAUAUAUUCAUUUUUUAUAAAUUACUGUAAAAACCUACAUAUGCAGUUGAUUUACCAGAAAGGACUUUUCAGUUUUUUGUGUGCUAAACUAAACUUCAGGGUCAAGUAAUAGCGAUGAUCAAUGGUUUAGGUUAGUGUUAAUUAGUUUCAGCUAUGACUAUGGCACUCUCUUGAGAGGGGAUUGGAAUGUGUUAUUCCUUUAUUUAUUUUCUACAAGGGCACUAACCAGGGGCGGACUGGGAGCAAAAUGGGUUAAAUAUUCAACCCAAAUGCUGGGUCAUAUUUAACUAUAAUGCUGGGUUAAUUUUACCACAUAAAUUGGUCAAAUGUUCUGUCCAGAUGUUGGUUCAUUUUAACUGGAAUGUUGGGUUAAUUAUACCACACAAAUAGGUUAUUAUUAUUUUUAUGUUUAACAGUGAAUCUGUAAAAAAAAAAAAAACUACUUAUGUCUAUUAAACAGUUAAAUUACUUUGAUAUACUGGUUUAUUACAAAAAAAACUUAAAAGUUUUGCAAACCAUACAUAUAUGCAAUAAACAACAUCCUAUUAAAUGUUCAUAAAAAACGUUUAUUUUUCAAAAGCACAAGAACAGAUAAUCAACAGCGACAUCAUUACUAUACUAUUACUCACAAGGGCAGAAUGGAGUAAUAACACAAAUAGGCUGAGGCAGCUUCUACAGAGCAGGAUCUCUCUGUGACAUUAGAUAUCUUUUCUGCAGAACAAAACUAUUCAGCCCUGGUUCCGUUUUAACAUACAAACACUGUCUAUGACUUUUCAAGUAGGCCUCGCUAUUUCAUAACAACAUUACAAAAAGUGCUAUACAGGUGCACACUACUUUAAAUAGUUAAUGUCAAAAAUAUAAAAUGCCUUGAAGCACACAUCAACCGCCCCAAGUAGUGUGCAUUGCUCCAGAGCCUGUCCCACCAAAAUGACGAAUGCCUGAGAGCAGCGCUGGUCAUCAUCUCCCAACGUCAGGAUGUACAGUAGGGGUACGGCCUUGACACUUCAGCCUGCUGGAGGUAUUCCACCAUGUUGGUGCCAACCUUAGAAAGAAAUGAAAGAAAGUUAAACAUUUGUUGCAUAACAAAGAUUAAACUGAAUAAGACUAUCAAUUUAAUGUGUAAUAGGAUUUAUACUAAA